AUGGAUGGGAAACUACCAGACGGAGAUGAUAUUGGACAAAUCAAAAUUAGUAAAAGAAAGAAAACGCUAGAAGUUCAACUAGGAAUCUUGGAAUCCUAUGUGGUCUCUGGCAAGGGUACGUCCAACGACAACGAGCAGCCCAAACUGAAGCAUGUCGGUGAGCCGGGGGCUGGGCCAACCACUGUUGUUUGUCUACCUCCUUCCCCGUGCAGAGAAGUUACCCUGUUGCGGGCUGACCUGGAGGUGGCUCCGACACAAUUGCAGGACCACCACGCAAGCUUCCUCAAGGAGCUCAUGCCCAACGAUACUAAAAGAAAAAACUGCUCCAGUUUUGAACUACUUAUUCAGUCAUGCUAUUACCGAGUGAAAAAUGGAGUGAAAGAGUAUUGCAAUUGA